UUGUUAUGACUGUAAGCUCCUGUUUCAAUCAGUGGCGUCAGACGGACGCACGACUCAAACCACUCAAACCUUGUCACCUUCUCCACCAACAACGUAAAUAUUGGUCAGGAGAGCGCAGCAUUGUCGUGGAGGCACUUGUGGGAGUUUUACUUUGAAAGUCGCCUCACGAGAUUCAAAGCGAGUAUCGCUCGUCGUGUCACUUUUGAGGGUCCGGCCGGAUUUUUUUUUCUUCCUCCCGUAUUCAGCACAGCAGCACGUCUGGGAGAUACAAACUUUUCCUCCAUUAUUAUUUUAAGUAGCCACUAAAACUCAACACGCCUACGACGUCGACGUCCAACUGCAACUGCUUUCACUCACCGGCGACAACAGUAGUUCACAGAAUUUUCAGCGGUUUUUUUCCCCUCUCCCUUUGGCAACUUUUUUCUCUCUUUCCUUUUUUUUCUUUGAAUGCGUUGCAGAUAUGAUGAUGUCACCGACGCCACUUUUUCCUGAAGUUAUGGCGGAGCACAACUUCUGUAACUUCUCUUGACCACUGAGAGCACUUGGCCUUACUAAUGGAGCACCUCCAGGGAGCGUGGAAGACUCUGAGCAACGGCUUCGGAAUGAAGGACUCUGCGUUCGAGGGCCCGUUACUUUCACCGACCAUGGUGCAGGGCUUUUCCUGCCAGCGCCGCUCCUCAGAUGACAGCAAAAUGCCCGACUCCAAGACGAGCAGCACUAUUCGAGUCUACCUCCCGAACCAGCAACGCACCGUGGUAAAUGUGCGACCAGGUAUGACUUUGCACAGUUGCCUGAUUAAAGCAUUAAAAGUUCGAGGGCUGCAGCCUCAGUGCUGUGCUGUCUUCAGGCUGCUUCCAGGACAGAGGAGUAAAAAAUUCCGCAUGGAUUGGAAUACUGACUCCACCUCUAUGAUCGGGGAAGAGCUGCUGGUGGAGGUUUUAGAUCAUGUUCCUCUGACAACACACAAUUUUGUUCGGAAAACAUAUCUGAAGCUGGCUUUCUGUGAUAUCUGCCAGAAGUUUCUUUUGAAUGGUUUCCGUUGCCAAACAUGCGGUUACAAAUUCCAUGAGCACUGUAGCACCAAAGUGCCCACGAUGUGUGUGGACUGGAGUAAUAUCAGACAACUCCUGCUAUGUCCAACACCUGGCGACGGCAGUGGCCCAUCAUUGCCACCGCUUACAUCCCGGCGAAUGAGAGAAUCCCUAACACGGUUUCCAAGCUCAGCCCACCGCUAUUCCACCCCUCAUGCCUUCAACUACACCACACCCUACCCACCCACAGGCGUCGGCCUCUCCCAGAGACAGCGCUCCACUUCCACGCCCAACGUCCACAUGGUUAGCACUACCCUGCCUGUAGACAGCAGCAUGAUUGAGCUAGAAUGCCUGAAUACCUUCCCGAGCUCCUGGUGCCAUAGAUUCUGGCUGAAGAGGAAAGUAGGUAUUGUGCACUUCUCCCAGUCUUUUGUUGAGGCCUCACCUGAGAGACCAGAAAAGGAUGCAAUGCGUGAUCAUGAUUCAGCGGGAAGUUCCCCCAAUCAAAGCCCCACAGGCUGGACCCAGUCUCAAUCUAAAGCCCCUGCUCCAGAUAAGCGAGAGAGGGCACCUUCCUUCAACACGCACGAAAAGAAUAAAAUUAGGCCUCGGGACAAACGGGACUCAAGUUACUACUGGGAGAUUGAGGCCAGUGAAGUGUACCUGAACUCCUGCAUCGGCUCAGGCUCCUUUGGAACUGUGUACAAAGGGAAAUGGCAUGGUGAUGUAGCAGUAAAGAUUUUAAAGGUGACUGAUCCAACACCAGAACAGUUCCAGGCAUUCAGGAAUGAGGUGGCUGUGUUGCGGAAAACACGACAUGUCAACAUCCUGUUGUUCAUGGGCUACAUGACAAAGGACAACCUAGCCAUUGUGACCCAGUGGUGCGAGGGAAGCAGCCUCUACAAACACAUUCACGUCCUGGAGACAAACUUUAAGAUGAUCCACCUCAUAGACAUUGCCAGGCAGACGGCUCAGGGCAUGGAUUACCUGCAUGCAAAGAACAUCAUUCAUCGUGACAUGAAGUCCAACAACAUCUUCUUGCAUGAAGGGUUGACUGUCAAAAUUGGGGAUUUUGGUCUUGCUACAGUGAAGACGAGGUGGAGCGGCUCUCAUCAGGUGGAGCAGCCUUCUGGAUCCAUUCUCUGGAUGGCUCCUGAGGUUAUCCGAAUGCAGGAUAAGAAUCCCUACAGCUUCCAGUCGGAUGUCUAUUCCUAUGGAAUUGUUCUCUUUGAGCUCAUGACGGGAGAGCUCCCGUAUUCCCAGAUAGCAAUUAGAGAUCAGAUAAUCUUUAUGGUGGGAAGAGGCUAUUUGUCCCCGGACCUCAGUAAACUCUACAAGAGCUGCCCCAAAGCCAUGAAACGGCUGGUCGCUGACUGCAUCAAGAAGUCCAAGGAUGAGAGGCCGCUCUUCCCGCAGAUUUUGUCCUCCAUUGAACUUCUGCAGCAUGCCCUCCCUAAGAUAAACCGCAGUACCUCAGAACCGUCCCUGCACAGAGCCUCUCACACUGAGGACAUCAAUGUCUGCACUCUCACUUCCACCAGAAUGCCUGUAUUCUAGAGGCCCACACAGCACCGCCCCCUCCUCCUCUCAUUACGUGUCCCCACCUCUUCCUCUUUGCAAUCGUCCAAAUACUCAGUACAACCAAAUUCUCCACCCGGAGAUGCCAAUAUAAGACAUAAAACAAGUGUACAGUACAUGCAAUCAAUCGUAAACCAAUGCUAAUCAAUAAGAUAUGGAAAAGAGGAGAGAAGCACGUCUGAGAUUUAUCUCAGGAUGAUAGUGAGUGGCAUGUACACAUGAAGAGGUUGGCAUGAGAUGUAAUAUGGGAGGUGGUGCCUUGCUUUCCGCUGAAGUACGCUGAGGCUCCGUGGUGUCGGUGCAUUUGGAUAAAUUGUAAAUACGUGCACACACACACACACACACCUACUUAAGACGGUGAAAAAUGGACUUUGAAGGAAGCUCAAGAGAAGGACACAUGUGUCUCUUGAUUUUUUUGGGGGGUUUUGUGAAGCACACUCUUCCGCCCGGUCGUCCUCGUCUCUGAUGAUGAAGAGGACCUUUUUUAAAGCUUACCUGCCUUAAGAGGAAACUAAGCCUGGACUCGGAUCCUGCACAACUUCAUUUCCUCUAGUUAUCACAAAACAAAGCCGUUGGAUGUAGUUGCACAGUAGUAGUUGAUUUUUACAUUGUCUUACACGAUAAUGGAGUAGAUAUGGGAAAUUUGUUGUCCUUUUUUUUUUGUUGUUGUCAUUGUUGUUUAUCGUCUUUACUUUAUUUGGGUCUUUUGUUUUUUGAGGAAUUAGCCUGUCAGACAGCGAGCAUGAGUGAUGAUGGAAAACUUUGCACAUUGUAGCAAAAAGCAAUGGUUUUGUUUUAGCAGUCUAAAUAUUGGUUUCAUACGUCCGAGUGAAGCAAACCGUAAGAUAUCCACACAUUCUCAUCAGUCCUUCCAUGGCUUUGUUAUCAUGAGCUGGACAUUUGGCGGUUGUCUGAAUAUUUAAAAUUAUUUGGAAACUAAUUUUUGUUUUGGUUUAUCGUGUCUCUUUCAGAGGAGGUUAAACAUUUUAUUGUGAACUUGGUGAGGAAGGUGUCUAUUCAAUAUUUUAAUAAAAUUAAGUUAAUUUUC